AUGCCUCAUAUAACUUGGCUGUACAUACUCGCCUUAAUCGGCUUCUGUGCCGCUAUGCGCCAACAGUCCGUCGCCGUGCGUGGCCAACUUUUCUGUGGUGAUAGGCCGGCCGUUGGUGUCAGGGUAAAGUUGUGGGACGAAGACGAUGGACCCGAUCCGGAUGAUGCCUUAGAUGAAAUGUACACCGACGGUAAUGGCAACUUCCAUCUCCAGGGUUCCACUCGUGAAUUGACAAAUAUCGACCCUGUUCUUAAAGUUUAUCACGAUUGCGACGACGGGAUCAAGCCUGGUCAGAGGAAAUUAAAGUUCUACAUCCCGGAUCAAUAUAUCUUCCCUGGAGGCAGACCAAGGAAAGCAUUCAACCUCGGUGCUCUGAACCUGGAAACAAUAUUCAAAUGUGAAGAACGCGAUCUUCUAAUAAUUUGCUUAAUUCAGAUGAAAUACAUUAUUUUAAUUGCGCUCUUCGGCUCUUGCUUAGCGCUCGGCCGACAACAAGCUGUUGCCAUUACUGGAAAACUGCUCUGUGGCUCCAAACCAGCUUCAGGAGUUUUGGUGAAGCUCUGGGACGAAGAUGAUGGCCCGGAUCCUGACGAUCUCCUUGAUGAAGGCCGUACCGACAGCAAGGGUCUAUUCACUCUUAAGGGAACGGAAAGCGAAGCAACCAAUAUUGACCCAGUUUUCAAAGUGUACCACGACUGUGAUGAUGGAAUCAAGCCUGGCAAGCGAAAGGUGAAGUUCCGCAUUCCUGACUCUUACAUCAGCCCUGGAAAAGUUGCAAAACGAACUUUCGAUAUCGGAAUGAAAUACAUUAUUUUAACUGUUCUCUUCGGCCUACCCUUAGUAUUUGGCCGACAACAAUCCGUUGCCGUUACUGGAAAAUUGUUAUGUGGAUCUAAGCCAGCGUCAGGAGUUUUGGUGAAGCUCUGGGACGAAGAUGACGGCCCGGAUCCUGACGAUCUGCUCGACGAAGAUCAUACAAAAAGUGAUGGUACUUUUACCCUUAAGGGAAUGGAAAAAGAAUUAACAAAAAUUGAUCCAGUUUUCAAGAUUUAUCACGACUGUAAUGACGGAAUCAAGCCUGGCAAGCGAAAGGUGAAGUUCUACAUCCCCAAAUCUUAUAUCAGCGUUGGAUCAAGUGCCAAACGUACAUUCGAUAUUGGAGUGCUCAAUUUGGAGACAAUAUUUCCUAAGGAGGAACGAGACUUUAUUUGA